AUUUCUUUCUGCUUCAAGAUUUCGUGUAACUGAAUUUCGAGGAUGGAUUAUGUAUUUAUUAACUUAUUUCUGAAACUAUUUUAAUUAAUAAUUCUACAAAAAAAAUUGAGGUCAAAUUUCACAUUGCAAAAUGUUGCUCAUACGUGUUCUGACUAUGGGUGCUUCAGGUUCUUUUCACAUAUGUGUAAUGUGUUUAUUUAUUUAAACACAUUCAAGCAGCAAGCUAAGAUGAGUUCUUUCCCAGCAGCCUUCAGCAAUCUCAUGAUAUUCCUUACAACUACUUAGAUGACUCUUUAGCUACUCUAGAUUUCACGGGUGACCCUUUGACGUCACCCACUCGCAACCAUUCCUAUGUUGCUCCUCCUCCUGAGUUGGACUCACAAGAAGACCAUGACAUUGAUCCUGUUUUCAAGUUCCUCAACCACAUACUAUUGGAGGAGAACAUCAAUGAGAAAUCCAGUAUUUCCCAUGACCGAUUGCUCUUGAAGCUGCUGACAAAUACUUCUGUGAAGUACUUGAUAAAAACCCUCCUCAUGAAUCCCACCAUUAGCCAUAAAAGUACACAAAGCUCGGACAGCAUUUAUGACAACUCAAGUGAACCACCUCAUCAGUGGACUGUUGAUCAUAUAGGAUCAUCUUUUGUGAUAUUCCUCCUCCUGAACUUCCUUUCCAUUCCUCUUUUCCGAUUACCUCUGUGAGUUCAAAUGAUUCUUCAAAUAGUUAUGGGAGUAGUAUGAAAAUUCAAGUGGACUCUAUGUUACAUUAUGGCGAUCUUGGAAACAUAUUUUGUGACACAGAAGCCAUGCUACAGUUCAAGAGAGGAGUGGAGCCGUGGAGGAAGCAAGUAAAAUCCUCCCUGCUACUAAUCAAUCUGGUAUUGAUUUGGUUAAAGACUCGUAGCCUCCAAAGACCAUGUGAUGGAUGAUUCACUUAAUAUUUCUUCUAGAAAAAAGAAGCAUCAGCAUCCCGAUAACAACGAGCUUGAGGAAGAGAGAAGCAACAAGCAAUCUGCAGUUUAUGUGGAAGAGGAGUUAACAGAGAUGUUUGAUAAUGAUUUGCUGCUUGAUCCUGACGAGUGUGGCAUGAAUGUUGCUAGAUUAUGUAACGACUUGCCACAUAAAAUGCUGAAUGGUGAGGAUAUGCCACAUAAUGGUGAUAAAAGGCACACAAAGAAGCAACAGAAGGGAAAAACAAGUGAAGCUGUAGACCUUAUAACUCUUCUAAUCAGCUGUGCACAAUCAGUUGCUUCUGAUAGCCACAAGUCUGCAAAUAAAGAACUGAGACAGAUCCGGAAGCACUGUUCGCUCAACGGUGGUGCGAACCGGAGGCUGGCAUAUGUAUUGGCAAAUGGUCUUGAGGCACGUUUGCCUGGCUCGGGGACCCAGCUGUAUACACCCCAUGUCCCUAAAAAGGCCACGACUUUUGAGAAGCUGAGAGCAUACCAUGUUUACAUGUCAGCAUGCCCCUUUCAGAAGAUGUCAAUAGGCUUGGGAAAUAGCAUGAUUUACUUGGUGUCAUUGGAAGCUCAAAUUCUACAUGUCAUAGAUUUUGGUAUUGAGUAUGGUUUCCAAUGGCCUUCUCUUAUCCAACAUCUAUCAAUCCGGCCCCGCGGGCCUCCUAAAUUUCGCGUUACCGGAAUCGAGCUUCCUCAACCAGGUUUUUGGCCAGCGGAACCAUUAGAAGAGACUGACCGCUGUCUGGUAAAAUAUUGUGAGCGGUUCCACGUGCCAUUUGAGUACAAUGCAAUAUCAACUCGGAAUUGGGAGAUACUUAAAGUUGAAGACUUGAAGCUGGUUAGAGGUGAGAUGGUUGCUGUGAAGUGCUCUUAUAGGUUAGAGGAGCUGCUUGAUGUAACAAUGAUGGGGGACAGUCCCCGUGAUGCAGUGCUCAAGCUAAUCCGUAAACUGAACCCAAGUGUUUUUGUGCACAGUGUUAUUAGUGGGUCUUAUAGUGCUCCCUUCUUUGUCACCCGGUUCCGAGAAGCUCUCUUCUAUUACUCUGCAGUUUUUGAUAUGUUUGAGAAUACAUUACCCCGUGACGAUGAGGAGAGGUUUCUCUUUGAGCAAGAAUUCUAUGGGCACAGAGUCAUUGAAUGUGAUUGCAUGUGAGGGGGAAGAGAGGAUUAUCAGGCCUGAAACAUACAAGAAGUGGCAAGUGAGGACUAUGAGGGCUGGGUUCAAACUUCUUCCAGUGUUGCCAGGGAUAAUGAUCAAAAUCGGUAAACAGUUGAAGGCACGGUACCACGAAAACUUUAUGUUGUAGGAAGAUGGUAAGUGGAUGUUGCAGGGGUGGAAGUGGCGGAUUCUAUGUGCAAGUUCAUGCUGGGUACCUAGUCAGCUCUUCCACGUAAACAAGCAAAGCUAGGUGUUGAUAUUGAUCAGCCUUCCAUUGCUUUUUGACAUUUGAGUGUGAAGCUUCUAUGUUUGACAUAAUUUAGGAAAUUAAGUCAUGGACACUGAAUCGUAAUAUGAAUCACUAGAGGCAUGGAUCCAGCUGGGAAAGGAACCUAGUGAUCACAUAAAAACCUUUUCAAUGUACGACAUUGUUUUACCUCAUGGCCAGAGAGAUUGCUAGAUCGACACACAACACCGGUGGUAUAAAUUGACCGAGACUGCCCAUGACAAUUGCCCCCACGACCACGACGAGUGGCUUGACCUCGGCGAUCUGUGGAGUGCAUAGUGCGGCGAUCAUCAACUGGAGGGGAGUUAAAGGAACAUGCUCUGGCAUGAGCGACAUUGGCGGUAGGGACAAGGGCUUGUGUUGAUGCAUCAGCCUCAUGAAGUUUUUGUUCGUUCUCUAGAAUAAUAUCCUGAACUUCCACAAGAGGGAGUGUCGAGGAUCGAACACGAAUAGCGGACGUGAGUUCGCUAUACUCACAUCCAAGGCCAUUUACAAUAUUGAUGACCAAAUCUUCCCCCGAAAUGGGAUUUUAAACGAGGGCCAAUGCCUCAGAUAUGGCAUACAUCUCAGCGAUGUAUUUGGUGAUGGAGCGGCCUCCUUUUGUGGUCUGAGAGAGGGAGGUCUUGAGAGUAAUAAUUCUGCCUCAUGAGGUGCUAGCACAGGUGAGGGAAAGUUAUCCCAGGCAUGCUUCGCCAUGGUAGGUGUGAUGGCAGCCAUGGAUGGAUCGAAAAAAAUUUGAUAUCUCGUUAGAGGAAGACUCUUGAUACCAUGAAGAAGUAUAUUGGAAAAUAGUGUAUUGAAUAAUUUACAUCAUGUACGUACAUGGAGAGAUAUAGGACUAAUACCUAGAGGGAUAAGACCUCCUAACCAACACCGACAAAGUAUGGAAUGGCCAAGGGAUGAAUGGCCAACUUCUUCAAUUUUUCAUCUACUCCAGUGGAAGGAGACUACUUUGAAGGGGUCUUCAAGCACAUACAACAGAUGAACAGAUACUUAAUUGUGGAGGAAGACGGUUUGGAAUACAGACCAUGCAUGUUCUAAGACUUUGGGGGCUCUUCAAUCAGCUGAGAAAUCAUUCUAUGAUGCUUUUACCUUCAGCCAUCCAGUUUCGUUGAGAGUGAGAUGGAGAUGGCUUAAUUCUGAAAGGAGUUUCUGUUUUGAGUUUUUGGUUUGACUGAACUAAAUGCUAAG